GACUGAUAAUUUUUAAUAUGAAUAAGAAAAUGACUAAACGUGUUGCUGUUAUUGGUGCAGGAUGCAGCGGAUUGACGGCGGUAAAAUCUUGUUUAGAAGAACAUUUUAUACCCGUGUGCUUCGAGCGUGAAGAUGAUAUCGGAGGAUUGUGGAAUUAUACAGAAAUUCCUAAAAUUGGUAAAGGUAGUAUUUACAGAAACCUUGUAAUCAACACCAGUAAAGAAAUGAUGGCAUUUAGCGAUUUUCCAAUUCCUGAAGAUUUCCCGCCAUUUAUGCCACACGCAGACGUGUUACGAUAUUUCAGGAUGUAUGCCGAUCAUUUUCAUCUUUUACCGUAUAUACAUUUCCGCACGUCUGUUGUUUACAUCGAGCAGACGGCUGAUUACCAGGAAACAGGGAAAUGGAUCGUAAAAUACCAGAAAGAUUCGCAGGAACCAGUACAAGAAGUCUUUGAUGCCGUCAUGGUUUGUUCUGGGCAUCACUCGGUUCCAUUUAUUCCUAAGUUCCCAGGAUUCGACAAGUUUGAAGGAAAUAAACUCCACUCUCAUUCAUAUCGUGAGGCCAGUCAGUUUAAACAAAACACUGUUCUUAUUGUUGGUAUUGGUAAUUCAGCUGUAGAUAUUGCCGUUGACGUAUCCAGGGUGGCCAAACAGGUGUUUGCUAGUACGAGGAGAGGAGCCUGGGUAAUCAGUAGAACAGGAUUAUGGGGAAUUCCCGCUGAUCUUCUGGCCAACAAUAGAUUUAUCUUCUCUUUACCUAGAAAUAUUUUACAAUGGUUGGUGGAGAAAACAGCGAAUCUACGUAUUGAUCAUAAACAAUAUGGUCUCCAACCUAAACAUGGAGCACUUAGCGCCCACCCAACAAUAAACGACGAACUGCCAUUUCAGAUGUUGAAUGGUAAAAUCCGAAUUAAACCAAAUAUUGUACAGUUUACUGAAGAUGGUAUCAUGUUUGAAGAUGGAUCGUUUGAGAAAGUAGACGCGGUCAUUCUAGCAACUGGUUAUGAUUAUCAAGUAAAGUUUGUAGAUGAGAAGGUCUUGAGGAUCGAGAAUAAUCGAGUUGAUUUAUACCAAUAUGUCUUCCCACCAGAUUUGAAACAUCCAACAUUUGGUAUGAUUGGUUUGGUUCAGUCUAUUGGUGCUGUGAUGCCUGUGGCUGAAAUCCAGGCCAGAUGGUUUAUACAACUAUUAAAAGGUAAUGUUCAUUUACCCGAUCGUAACUUUAUGUGGGCUGAUAUUCAAUCCAAGAUGAUUGAAAUGAACGGAAGUUACGUCAGGUCAAGACGUCAUACAAUUCAGGCCUUUUGGGUGGAAUAUAUGGAUACUAUAGCCUCGUAUAUCCAGUGUAAACCAAACUUCUGGAGAACUUUAAUACGUGAACCAGACCUUGCGAUCAGAUGUCACUUUGGACCAUGUGUUCCAGCUCAGUACCGUUUAUGUGGACCCAACACGUGGCCUGGUGCACGGAACAUUAUUCACAACUCUCUAUCCCGGGCCACGAACUCAACACCUACUAAACACGGCCCAGUUGAAAAUAAUUUAAAGAUGGAGAACUCCAGAUUGAUGACGUUGUUAGUGCUAUUGGUUGUGUUUGUGGCUUGGUUUACUAAAAGUUUAAUAUAAAAUAAAUAACUAAUUAUUGA